GGUAUAUUUGUCCAGUUAGUUCAGGCAAACUCUCCAGCAUCCCUCGCUGGUCUGCGGUUUGGGGACCAAGUUCUGCAGAUCAAUGGUGAAAACUGCGCAGGAUGGAGUUCUGAUAAAGCACAUAAAGUUCUGAAACAGGCUUCUGGAGAAAGGAUCUCAAUGAUCAUUCGGGACAGGCCUUUUGAACGAAUUAUCACUAUGCAUAAGGACAGCACAGGGCACGUUGGUUUCAUAUUCAAGAAUGGAAAAAUAACUUCAAUAGUGAAAGACAGUUCUGCUGCAAGAAAUGGGCUUCUUACAGAGCACAACAUCUGUGAAAUUAAUGGCCAGAAUGUAAUUGGAUUGAAGGACCCCCAGAUUGCAGACAUCUUGGCAACAGCUGGAAAUGUAGUGACCAUUACCAUCAUGCCUUCCAGUAUUUACGAGUAUAUAAUAAAGAGGAUGGCAACUAGCAUUAUGAAGAGCCUGAUGGAUCACUCUGUUCCUGAAGUCUAAACUUGCAUCAUGUAUGUGCGUGUACAUAUAUAUAAUGAUGAUUCCACUAAACUCGGGCUAUUGUACUCAGUGAUUUCUUUCUUCUGCACAUGAGCCUUUCUGGAGGCUAAGAGAAGAUAUGCUGCAUCAAGCAUUUGCAUCUAUAAUGGCUGGGAAUGUUACAGUUCAACAUAUCUCGUUUAUUCACAAACUGUAAAACUUGUAGCCUUAUAUGCUUGACAAAUGUGAAAUUCCAAUUGUGUUAUGACUUCUUUUUGUAGGUCUUUUAUUUAGUUUAUUACUACUAUAAGCCAUUGCAACUAAAGGAACCAGAUAUCACUUGCAAAGUUAUGUGUUGUUACCUAGAACAAUGCUGCGCUUUGUAUGUUUAAGACAAAUUAGUAUUUUUGCUGCUUUCUGUUUGCAAGAGUAGAUCUGAAAUAGCAUAUUAGAGGUAUGGCUAGUACUAGUUAAUUUUUUGUUCUAGUAAAUCCUGUUUACACAAGAAUGCCAGCUAAGCUGAAUAUAGCUAAAGGCAUCAUUCAGUAAGUAAGUGUAUUAAAUAAAAGUAGUGUACAGAUACUCAAAUCUUUUUAUUACUUGUUAUACAAAUUGUAACUAAUAUGCUUAUCUCUCGCCUUAACCAUGUUCUUAAGGAUUCAAUAAUAACCAAAUAAAUGACUGAAACUUUA